AUGUCGACACUCUAUGAUGUUGUUAUCGUUGGUGGUGGUUUAACAGGUUUAAAUGCUGCCUAUCAAUUUAAAAAAGCUGGUUUAAAUGUAAUGGUAUUAAAACCAAAAGAUAGAUUUGGUGGUAGAACAGAGUCAAUUAAAGUUGAAGAUUAUUGGUUUGAUUUAGGCGGACAAUGGAUGGGAGGUACACAUAAAUAUUUAAAAGAAUUAUGUGACGAACUUGGAGUUAAAUCAUUCCCACAAUAUGAUGAAGGUAAACAUGUAUUAGAGAUUAAUGGUAAGAAAGUUUAUUAUCAAGGUAAUAUUAGUAAUUUAAAUAAGAGUUAUAAUUUAGAAGGAUUAUUCGAGUCAAUUAGCAAGAUCGAUGAAUUAUCAGCCGAAUUGAAUCCAGAUAAACCAUAUGCACAUAGUAAAUCAAAGGAAUAUGAUCAGUUAACAGUAGCACAAUGGGUGGAGAAGAAUGUUAAAGGUAAUGACGCAAGAUCCAUCAUCGAUUGGUUUUGUCGUGUUUGCGUUGCCGCAGAACCAACUGAAGUUAGUUUCUUAUUUUUCUUACAUUUCAUUCGUACAGCUGGUAACUAUGGUUUAUUAGCAGAUAUUCAUGGUGGAGCACAACAAGAUCGUUUAAUUGGUGGUUCACAACAAAUCUCUGAAGGUUUAGCAAAGAAAAUCGGUGAGAAGCAUUACACUUUAAAUGCACCAGUGCGUUCCAUUAUUCAAGAUGCCAAUCAAUGUACCAUUAAAACUGAUAACGGUUCAACUUAUCGUUCAAAAUACAUUGUUGUUGCAAUUCCACCAACAUUGGCUGGCCGUAUUCAUUAUUCACCAUCUAUGCCACCAAGACGUGAUGAACUCACUCAAAGAAUGCCAAUGGGUUCCGUCAUUAAAACCAUCACCAUCUAUGAUGAACCAUUCUGGAGAAAAGAAGGUUAUUCAGCUGAAGCCAUCUCUGAUAAAGGUCCAAUCUUUAUCUGCUAUGAUGACUCUUCACAUGACGAUAAGAAAACAGCUAUCGUUGGUUUCAUUGCUGCUUCAGCCGCUAAAGAUUGGGCUGAAAAAUCACCAGAAGAAAGAAAGAGAGCCGUCUUAGACUGUUAUGCUCGUUGGUGGGGUCCAAAAGCAUUAUCUCCAAGAAUCUUUUUAGAGAAAAGUUGGAAAGAAGAAGAAUAUUCACGUGGUUGUUAUUUAGGUUACACUAGUCCAGGUACUCUCUACCAAUGUGGUGAACAUUUACGUGCUCCAGUUGGUAGAAUUCAUUGGGCUGGUACAGAAACUGCUUCAGUUUGGAUUGGUUAUAUGGAAGGUGCCUUAGAAUCAGGUUUUAGAGUUUCAAAAGAAAUUAAAGAUAAAUUAUUAAAUUCAAAAUUAUAA